AUGCAAUUUUGUCACUGCUCAAAAGAACCUGUCCAGCUGCGAAAAUAUGGAUUUUGGCCUGGGUCACCAACAAAACCACAGGUUGCUUUUGAUCUUGAACUCAUGGAGCUACUAAGGCUACUGCAACUGGUCCAGCUGCGAAAAUAUGGAUUUUGGCCUGGGUCACCAACAAAACCACAGGUUGCUUUUGAUCUUGAACUCAUGGAGCUACUAAGGCUACUGCAACUGGAGUGUCAAGUGUCAGUCAAAGCAUUUACAGAAAUGCUAAAAAAUAAGUGCAAAGACAUCCAUGAAAGUUUUUAUGAGUUAAAAGAUGUAUACAAGAUUCUCAUCCAAGAAGCUGUAGCUGAAUACAGAUUUAAUAUAUUUACCAUACAAAAUCUCAAAAAUGUUUGUUCAGAAUUUGAUAAUGGUACCAUCUGCCCUGCUUGUCCUUCAAAAGAAUCUGGUAACCUGGUAUAUUCGAUUGAUGCUGAUUUCCAGCUAGUAAGAAAGCGCUCAUCAGGCUGUGUUUAUGGAAAAGCAAAACAUGAAGGUUAUUUCUUUUUGCCACAAGAUAAAGUUGACAUUUUUGUUGAGUCGUAUAACCUAAGAGGUGUAGAUAUCACCACAGAU